CGCCUCCACCAGUCGACCCACUUUUGACUGGACGGACUCUGCUGCCUCUAUCAUUAGUCUGCGUCUGUCACAGAGUUUGAAAAUCCGACGUUUAUCUCACAGCAAACUGCUUCACACUUGAUCUGAGAGUCCAGAACAGCCUCGUGAACAUGUAGAGAUGGAUUUUAUGAAGCUGUUUGGCACCGUUAUCGCUGUUUUGUUCCACCCAGGAUCCGCUUCUAAGUUAAAUGGCCCAAGGAUCUGUCGGCAUGGGACAGAGCGCCCAUGCUACAAGGUGUUCUACAUCCAGGACAGCAGGCGGAGGCUGACGUUUGAGGAUGCCAGGCAGGCCUGCAGGCUGGACGGAGGCGAGUUGCUCAGCAUUGAAACGGAGCGCGAGCAGCGACUGAUGGAGAGGUUCAUCCAACAGCUGCAGGCUGGAGACGGGGACUUCUGGAUCGGGCUCCGCCGCAGCCCACAGCGCUACAGGGCAGGAACCACAAGCCCGGGAUGCCCCUCGCAGUACUAUUGGCUGGAUGGAAGCAAGGCCAAGUUCAGGAACUGGCACUGGGAUGAGCCAUCGUGUGGUGGUGAAAUGUGUGCGGUUCUGUACCACCAGCCCUCAGCGCCACCUGACGAAGAAGGUCAUUUCCUGUUCCAGUGGAAUGAUGACAACUGCAACUCCAAGAACAACUUUGUCUGCAAAUACCCAGAAGAAAAAGUACCAGUAUUUACUGUGGAGGGGAGCAGAGCACAUGCAGUUCCAUCUCUGAGGCCAAACUUAUUCUCAACUACAGAAAGGGAUGAGAGGAUAAAAAUAGGACUGCCCGAGUCAUCAGUGUCUCUCUCAGACGACACCCUGUAUGUUUCAUACAUCCUUUAUGCAACCAUUCCUGCUCUGCUGCUGCUGCUGUUUGCAGCUGCUGGGUUCUUCUGCUACAAACAGCAUGCUAAGAGGAGGAAAACAGAAACCCAGAGCUAUCCCAGCAGAUCAAAACCGUGGGCGCCAACGACAGCUUCACCUUAUGCCGUACAAGGACCCUACGCCUUUAGUGACAUUACCAAACUUCCUCACACUGCUCUGAGCAGCAGCGUGCCAGCAGACAUCAUGACCAAAUACCCCUGUGCUCCUUCCCACGACUCCCAGUGUGACGAUUAUGAGAAUGUGUCAUGUGUGGACAGGCAGAGCGGCUUUGUCACCAACGACAUCUAUGAGACCUGCAAGGCGCAGAGCCGGCGCUGCCGCAGCCAGACUGGUUGGGUGGAAAAUGAGAUCUAUGGCUAACUGUGUUGAUGCCCAUCUGGUGAAAUUAAUAUGACCCAGCUAGACAGAGGAAUGCAAUGUUCUCCAACCUGUUCUUCACCCAAACAUAUCUCCAGUGUAGUAUUGCAUCCAAAGCAUCCAGCAUUCAAAGCUGCAAGUCAGAUUAACGCUUAAAGCAGGUUUUCUCAAAGUUCUGUCGGCUGUGACUCCAUAUUUAGUCUGCAAAUGUCCCAGAACCCCACCAGUAGAGAGUCCUAAAAUUGUAAAUCUGAGCGUGGCAUACCUUUGGAUUCGAGAGUAAUGCAUGGGUUAUGUGAAUAUGAUAAUAUAUUUAAAAUCUUAUUAAUACAUUUUAUUAUUAAACAUGACUAAAGAGUCAUGAAGGCAGCUCUGUGAGGCUGUGUUGAGGUAAAUGCGUCAGUGUGCUCACAAAGGCCAAUGCUAACAUGCUAAUGUUCAGCAGGUAUAAAGUAGACCAUGUUCACCAUCUCAGUGUAUUGUGCUAACAUUAGCUAAGUAGCACUAAACACAAAGUACAGCUAAGACAGUUUGGAAUGUCAUUAGUUUUGAAUGUAUUUUGUCAUAAAACGAAGUAUUAAAUAGAUGAAAAGUUAGAGCAUCAUCAAAGUUAUUAUAGUGAUAUGAGUAAGUGGUCCAAAUUUCAUGGCAGUGUUGAGACACUUCUCUUUAAACUUCACUGACAUUGAUGUAACUUCACAGCAGGUCUCAAACAGGCAUUAAUGAACUCAAAUAAGCAGAAAUGAGUCCGUUCAGUGCUGCUAUAUUUGGCAUGGAGGAUUGCACAUUUAACCCGGGGAAUAAGUGCAGGUUUUGAGGACUCACGCAAGGUUGCUCGUGUUGUAAACAAUCCAAAAUUAAACUACUCAGCCCUUUUUUCCAAUCACGUCAUCAUAUUAUGACACACAAGGACAAAAAGAUCCUGUUAGCGCUCUACGGCGGCGGAGUCGUCCUAUUCCGGGACUUUCUCUAAACCUGAAGAGUUGUGUCAGCCCUGUGCAAGGCUUCCUGUUUGGACUCAUGUCAGGGAACAGGACAGUACAUGCGGAAACACUGAUGACAGAACUCUGCUGACCCCAGUAAACCUCAAAGCUGUGGGCUUUCCCGACUCCACCUGACUGUGUGAGAAGCUCAACCCUCCCACUGAUCUGACAGAGACUUUUUGGGGGGUUUGGAAUAUGUCACGGACUCAUUCGUCAGCUUCUGCUUGUGAAAGCAUGUGCCUGCCUUGUUAAUUUUUAAACUAAUCAUGGAUAUACAUUACUGAACACAAAUGCCUGUGUUAUUUCUGAGUGUGUACUGAGUGGGCUGUUGGGCCUGUGUCUUGGAAAGAUGUGGCAAGCCCAGUAAGGAGAGGCUGAGUGUGUUCUUGGAGAAUGUUAGACAGGAAAUGCCAAAAGCACAUCUGGAACUCUUACAUUCAGGAAGUCUAUGCGUGACAGCGGAGGCCUCCGGAGCGCUGCUCUGCCUGCCCGUUAAGUAAUCCACUGUUCUGUGUUAGACUGUCACUGCACGAGCUGAAAAGAACGACUGCUGGGCGUGAGUGUGUGCUGUAGCUCAAAACAUGACAAGAUUUUGGCUGUCAAAUAAAGUUUGGUUACAAGA